AUAUGAAUCCACCAGAGAAUAGGAGAUUUUUCUAGCACCUUUCCACAGAACCGCACAAGUACUUGCUGUGCUGGCUCAUUUCAAUCUUAGGAGAUUUUUCAAGAAAGACUUAGCUCAAAAACAAAGCUCUCCAAGCCAGAACCAGUCUCUUCUUCUACUUUUCUGUGAAUAAAGAUUUAAAUGAGCUGGGCUAAAAAAAUAAUUAGCGUAGGCCCAUUAAAUGAUUCUCUCCCGCUCUCAUGUCUUUCUUUUUUAAUCCUCAGAAGAAAUGACCGGAAAAUUUCCCAGACUUAAAAACUUAAAACAGAAAAAUGCAGAAAUCGUUCACGUUGAUCCAAACAGUGGCAAUCUCCGGCGUGUUCUCCGCCGUCUCUUGCUGGUAUGGAUUCAUGUUCGGUAGAGAAUCCGCGAGAAAAGAGCUCGGCGGUUUAAUUGAAGAGCUCCGUCGUGGAGGUUCCAACUCUGAUUCUCCUCCCCAUUCAUGAGUGAGGUAUUCCGAUUUCCCAGGCGCUUUGAUUCGAAGACCGAGGUUCUUCGAUUUUGGUUUUCGUAAUCUGUUGCUAAGUUAGAACUCUGUUUUGAUUUUGAUUGUUUUUCCUGUGAGUUUCCAUUUAUAUCACUUACAAUUUCCAGAAUUUUCAUGAUAAUUGAGCAAUUAUUGUAUAAACGAUGUGUUCUCAAAUUCUUCGAGUUAAUGCAAGUAUGAAAAAGUUACCAGAUAA